AUGAGACAGGAUUGGAUAUUAACAGAUCAGGAACGGGAAGUCCGUCGCAUCAAAAUUGAGAUCAAAAGAGCAAAGAAAAAACAAAAUAAAAAAUAUAACAAAUAUAUGGAUAUCUCUAGUAAUUCAUCACAAGAUGGGAUCUUCAGUGAAGAGACAAGUAAUUCAUCACAAGUUGUUUGUAAUAUUACUACUAAUUUAAUUGACAACGAUAUCAAUACUACACAACACAUGAUCAUUGAUUAUAUACCAGAAAAGUUGGAUUCAAUAAUUAAUAUUAAUGACGAUAUGUCAGUAACAGAUAAAAUACUGGCCAUAGAAUCACACAAUGAUAAGACAUCACUCAUAGAAUCUGACAUUUUAUCAUUUAAAACAAUAUCAAAAACAAUAUCAAAAACAAUGGACGAAACAAUUCAAGCUAUUAUACCUUAUAAAUCACAGCAAAUUGAUUUUGAUAUAAAUGUUGAUUUUGAACUAUCGAUUGCAAGACAAUUGUUUGAUUACAAUAAUAGUUUGAAUAGCAAUGAAUUGAAUCGAUUGAAUGAGUUGUUGAGUGCCACCAAUCACUUACAGCGUCAACACAUAUCAAUUGUAACUGAAGAAAGUUAUGAUUUUGAUACAGCAAUCAUAUGUUUGGUAAAUAAAUGCGAAAAAGAUAUACCAGAGUUGGUUAAAAUGUGCAAAAGUUUGCGUGCAUUCAGUCAUAUCUGUGAAUCGGACAAAAUAUCACUCCUUAAGUUAGGAAUACUUGAAAUAAUACUCUUAAGGAGUGUCUGUACUUUUGACAAAAAUCAAAACAGUUGGAUAGUAUAUGAGGACCAAAAUAAGUCAACGCGAAUAAAACUGGAGCUUUGGAAAACCAGAUCAGAUGGAGAAUCACUUUAUUAUAAACACAGCAAAUAUUUGCAAGAAAUACACGACACCAUCGAUAAUGAUCCCGUGAUUCUUGAUUUGUUGACUACAAUAAUGUUAUUUAAUCCAAACCGACUUCAUCUUAAACACAAAGAGGCUGUUAAACUUCAACGAUACAUUUAUUUACAUCUACUUAAACGCUAUUUAUUUUUGAAAUACCAGUCCGAUUGUGAAGUUAAGAUCCGAUUAUUGACUUUAAUGAAUAACUUUAAGAUAAUUCAUGAAUUGAGCAAAAGUCAUGCAAACCAUUAUGUAAAUGAUUUUAUUAUAAAACGUAUUUCUUUACCACUACUUUAUGAGAUCUGUGCCGUUAAGUAUUCAUAA